CGUGAAUCAAUGACAUUCCAAUUUCUUAUUGUGACAUAAGUUUAAUACUUCAAAUUUAGGUGAAGGAUUUCUUCUCGUCGGUUCCUGAUAUAAAGAAAACAAAAAAAGUAAUUUAUAACAUAUAUUAUGGGUUUAGCGCGGUUAGUAAGCAUACGGAAGAUUGAAGAAUUAUUGUUAUCACGGUUCACUAUUAAAGCCAGUCUUGUUGGUGGUAUUAUUUAUGUUUCUGUACACGAAGGUUAUUGGUCAAAGCAUAAUGAGAGCCUUAAAGUGUAUGAAAACAUGUAUAAAGAUUAUCCAUAUUUAACGAGAUAUGUACCUAAAGAAAUUACAGGAGGGAUUCCGCCAAGUAUCGCAGAUCUAAAAUAUUGGUUAUUAACAAAAUGGAAUGCAGGAGUAAUCACGAGCAUAAAAUUUGUAGCAGAUAGUCCUUCCCACAUUACAAAGGCUUAUAAGGCUAUUUCAAAAUUUACUCAGGAAAAAACAGAACAGCUGAUGAAGUCUGAAUAAGUAAUUUUCAUCGUAUUUAGUCGUGUUAUUUGAAUUUUAGUAAAAAAAGAAAAGAAAAGAAAAGAAAAAAAUUGUACCGUUCAAUCGCAGAACAUACAGAUUUUACUUGCAAGAUAUUUAAUGAAACAUUUUCUUUUCGUUUAUUUUUUAUGCAAUACCAUGAAAUAAAUUGAAAUACAAUUGAAAAAUCAAUUGAAAGUAACAUAAUAAAUUAACUAUUUAUUUUA